AUGCUUGUAGUGCUGAAGAAGUAUUUUCAUUUCAAUUACUUCAACUAUUCUCAGUCCCUAAUUUCUCACUGUAAAAGUCAAUGCCAACUUCCUCUUUGUUCUUCCCCCUACUCUAUCUACUUAUCUCGACCUCAAUUACAAAUGGGGCUCAACUGAUUAUAGUGAACAACUGCAAUGAAAGUAUAUGGCCCGGUAUACUUGGCAGUGCAGGCCUAGCCACUCCUGAAAGUGGCGGUUUCCAUCUUGGCAGCGGUGAGGAAUCAGUUCUUGAUGUGCCUGAGAAGUGGUCAGGAAGGAUAUGGGGCAGGCAGGGUUGCUCAUUUGACAGUAAUGGAAUAGGCAACUGUGAGACCGGAGAUUGUUUUGGCCAAUUGCGUUGCCAAGGCAAAGGAGGCGUGCCUCCAGCGACCGUGGUUGAAAUGACGCUUGGAUCAUCAACUUCACCCCUGCAUUUCUAUGACGUGAGCUUGGUUGACGGCUUUAACUUGCCUGUGUCAAUGAAGCCGGUUGGUGGUGGAAUAGGGUGUGGUGUUGCCUCAUGCGAGGCUGAUUUGAACGUUUGCUGCCCGUCUGCAUUGGAAGUGAGGAGAGGAGGCAGGGUGGUGGCAUGUAAGAGUGCCUGCUUGGCUAUGCAGUCUGCGAAGUAUUGCUGCACAGGAAGCUACGCAAACCCAAACACUUGCAAACCAACCCUUUUCGCGCAUCUGUUUAAGGCCAUAUGCCCCAAGGCUUAUAGUUAUGCCUUUGAUGACUCCUCCAGCCUUAACAAAUGCAGGGCUUCGCGGUAUGUCAUCACUUUCUGCCCUCCCCAAUGAGGAAUGGCUGAAAAGGAUGAAGCAAAUGGCUUUUGUAGUACUAAUCUAUACUUGGAAAAAACUACUGUUUUUUUCUUUUCUUUCUUGAUUAGAAGAAUGGAUUAAUUUACUCUUAAAGAAACGAGUAAUGCUAAAACCAGAUUACAUCGCUCUUGAUGUGUA